AACUAUCGCAUUUUUGAGUUUCUUUUAUUCAUUAAAAAAAGGUAACACUGUGCGCUCGACAUGAUUUGUAAACAAAACAAGGGGUUAUUUUAAUUCGUAAUACCAAUUCCACAAUCGAACGUCGAAUUAACUUAAUUGAAGUAAUUGCACAAUGUUCGUCUCGUGAUGAUGGUGAUGUUGGUGAAAUAAGCAAAAUGAAUUCGUCUUUUAAUUUGAAUUGCUGCGCGUUGCUGAAGAAAAUACAAGGUGAUGCCAGCAUACAGAAUAUCACGCCUGUGAACGAUGCCCAAUUUCUAAUCGGUAAAUCUUGGGAUGCAUCGUUGCGAUUAAAUAGUCCAGAAGUUGCCGAGAAGCAUUGUACCAUCGAGAAAGUGGAAGCUUCGAAAUGGACUGUGAUUGUGCAUGAAAAUGCUACGGUUUUGCUGAAUGAUGAAGUAUUACCUCGCGGACUUCCAAGAUUAUUAGAAUUUAACGAUAAGCUUCGUAUCUCCGCUGCUAUAUCGUUUCAUUUUAAAUGUUCCUGUAUGGAUGGUGAAGAUCUCAGUAGUGUUGAUGAUAUCGAUAUACAAGUUAUCAAACGACCUAAAUUAUCGAAUUCGUUUGUAACACUACCUCCACCACCGCAACCACUAUUACCACCUCCACAGCUAACACCAGCUCCUUUGACCGAGGAAGCACCUCGGUUACCGAAGCAAGUUCCUGAUAAGGAUUUGAGAUCUCGUUACGAACAAUUAGUCGAUGAAAAUGCUGGCCUAGCAGCUCGUCUAAAAAAAGCUGAAGAAGUGGCUGUGUAUUGGGAGAACGAAAAAAAUAAGACUGAUACAUGCUACACUAAUUUUAGAGAAAGUUAUAAUAGUAUUGUUGCCAAGUAUACGCAACUUUGUAAGCUGAAAGAAGAAUCUAAUUAUCUGAGAGAAACUGUUGGUAGUCAAACCAAUACCAUCAGCAGAUUACAGCUGCAGUUGAACACGUUGCAGCAGAAUUAUUAUACCCUAGAAAGCUUCAAACAAAAUUUAGAAAAUCAGAACAAACAAUUGAAUACAGAUAUUACCGUGUUACGUACCAGAACUACAAAAGCUAUGGAUUGUAAUAAAAUGCUACAACGUAAAAAUAAUAAUUUACAAACCGAAAUUAACGGAUUGAAAAGGGAAAAGCAUGGUCUUGUUAAAGAGCUUGAAUGUAGAAUGAAACAGGAGAAGUCUUCUGGCUCAUCUAACGAUAAUAUUUUAUCGCAGGCUUAUAGUUUAACGAGUAGCGCGCAAAAUGAUCUGUCCGAUUUGUUGGAAUCUGAAUUCAAAUGUAGUAUUUGUGAUGAAGUUUACAUAGAGGCGGUGGUUACCAACUGCGCUCAUAUGUUCUGUGGUUAUUGCAUCAAGUCGUGGAAAUCGAUCAAACCUAACUGUCCGAUUUGUCGUACUAUUUUGACAAAAGAAUUCAAAGUAUUACCAGUUGAUUCCUUCCUUAAUAGUUUAAUGCCUUUUGUCACUGAAAACUUGAGGACUAGUUGGUUGAAGAUUACCGAAGAAAGGAAGGCCAUAGCUACUAAAGAGAGUGCUGUAGCAAUGAAGGCAUCACCUUCGGCAGGGUUUCCUCCCUUUAUGUCUCCUACACCACAAAUACCAUCAUAUGGACCAUCAAUCGCCAACAGUGGUAAUUUCCAUAACGUCUUAAUGAACGUGUACCGACAAAUCGCUCAUUACGAAGAUGUUAUCGAUUUGACCAACGACAGGAUUUACGGAUUGUGAAGUGAACCUUUUCUCGCGUGUGAUUUAUGGCUUCGUCAAUUGUGAAUAAUGAUUUAUAUACUUAUUAAAGUAACUUAAAAAUACCUUGGAAAAGUAUUAAAUUAUACUACUUCGAAUUUUGUAUAUUAUAAUGCAUGCGUUAAUUUAUCAAUUCCGCGAAUUUUGUACCCACAUCUGUUUGUUUUAUUUUAAAAGAAAUUUUACUGACACAAUUCUUGGAAUUAUUCAAUUCUCGACUACGAGUCAGUGUAGAAAGUUCAAUAAUUCGAGUAUUACGAUUUUUAUCAUAUUCCAUACGAACUAUUCAUUUUUUUAAAUAUUAGAAUCCUACCGACUGCGAGUCAGUGUUGAAAUUUCGAUAAUCCGAGUAUUACGAUUUUUAUCAUAUUCCAUACCAACUAUUCAUUUUUUUUAAAGUUUUAGAAUCCUACUUAUAUUAGUCAUCUUUCCAUAUUUCAAAAUCAAGACUGAAACAAUUUAUUGUUAUUGUUGUCUUUUAGCAGUCAUUAUUUAUUACUUGUACGUGUAUUUUUAAGUGUUUAUGUUUGAGGAUGUGAGUAUUUCCAUGAGCAAGAAUCGAAAGACAAGGCUUGAAACGUUCGUAUUCAAAUUCCGGUUGAAUUGGUAUUUUUUUUUUUUUUUACUUUUCAGGUGUUUUUUUUGUUCGUGGUUUUUCAUUGAAUUUUAAGUUACGAUGUUGUAAUAUUUAUUGAAUAAAGUUACGAAUUACCCGAAA